AUAAAGGCGCCCUGACUUGCGUUGAUCACCAAAUCCUGACUUUGUUCGCAACCUCCCAACUCUCGACACUAUGACAUCUGUUGAGCAAAGAAAAACAACAGCACUACCAAGGAAUCAAAGGCUUCAAAGACCUCACUGAACAAAUUUUUGGGCAAAAUUCAAAAUUUCAUGGGUGUGACACCAAAGACGAAUGCUGUUAUCAAGGAAUCACUUGGUCUCACAUACAAGCAGAAGGAAAUCCUUGUCUCGGCCAUGGUCAAAAGAUACGCUGACCGAAACGAGCCUACCGAUGACCGCGAGAACUUGUUUGAAAAGAUCAUUGAAACGCUGUCAGAGUUGAAACCAGGCAACCAGGACCUGAUUGACUUUAUCACCAAGCCACUUGUUUUGGAGUUCUAUGCCGAUAUCCCAAAGCCAUAUAGAAGUUAUGUUGGUCAAAACUAUCGAUCAGCAGAUGGAAGCGGAAAUAGUGUUGUGCUACCUGACACAGGGAAAUCUGGUAGCAACUAUGCGCGCACGGUGACUUCAUUCGCUCACACCAGCGAGAAGCUACCCGACCCCAAUUUGGUUUUUGACAAGCUCUUCAAGAGACCUGCAGGCUACUUUGACCCCCAUCCUGCUAGCAUCAAUAUGUUGCUGUUUUGUGUGGCCAUUCUCAUCACACACGAUUUGUUCAAAUCCGAUCCUAAGAACCCCGCAAGGAACCUAACGACUAGCUAUCUUGAUCUGUCGCCACUCUAUGGUAAUAAUGAGCAAGAACAAAAGUCGAUCAGAACUAUGAGCAAAGGUCUCCUGAAAGCCGAUCAGUGGGUUGACAAACGUCUUGUAUUCCAACCUGCAGGUGUUGGUGCUUUGCUUGUGGUAUUCUCCCGUAAUCACAACUUUAUUGCAAAGAAACUGUUAGAGUUGAAUGAAAAUGGGCGAUUUACAGUCGGACCAGGUCUGUUGAACGAGGAACAACAAGAUGAAGCAUUAUUUCAAACUGCACGUUUGAUCAAUGGUGGAUGUUAUCUGAAUAUUAUCCGCCGUGACUAUAUUCGUGUCAUCCUUGGUGCGGAUGCAGGCUCCACUUUCAACUUUGAUCCAUUUGUCGAUGUUGAAGAACCACUCUACGGAAAUGCUGUGUCCAUCGAGUUCAAUUUCGUUUACAGAUGGCAUGCCGCCAUUGGCCAAGUGGAUUCGGACUGGUUAACCGAAGUCAUGGCACUUUACGACAAGGCAUCUGCUGAGUCGCGCAAAACAGGAAAUCCUGUGGAUAUGAACAAAGUUGGCCAGGAAUUCAACGAACUGUUCAUUCAUGCUACUCCUGAAGAGUUGUCCCUAGGAAACCCUAUUGCUGGUCUCCAUAGAGCUUCUACCGGUGACUUCUCAGAGGAUGGCCUGUCCCAGAUCCUGCAUACGAAAUACGAACAGGUUGCUUCUAGAAUUGGUAACGGAUUGAAUAUUCCUGCAUCUUUAAAACAUAUUGAAGUGGCAGGUAUUAUGCAAGGCCGUAAGCUUCAAUGCUGUACCUUCAAUGAGUUCAGAACCAAACUUCAGUUGAAGAAAUUGGAAACUUUUGAAGAUUUCAGCGACCUUCCAGAAGUGCAAGCUGGUCUUAAGGAGCUCUAUGGAACCCCAGACGCCGUAGAACUCUAUCCGGGUUUGACUGUUGAAAAGAUGAAGCCUGCCGGUAUGCACAUGCCUUACACUAUGGGCCGUGCCAUUCUGAGUGACGCUGUCAACCUCUUGCGAAACGAUCGAUUCUUCGUCACUGAGAAUACCCCUGCUAAUCUGACCAAUUGGGGUUACGACUAUACACAAGGCGAUCCUAACAAAUCCCAGCGCGUGUCCCCAGAGCUGUUCAGAAACAUUCUUCCAAAUGCCUUCAGUGAGAAAGAACUGGAUAACUUAUUCACCGCACCUCGCAAACCAUAAUUAUGAUACCACGUAUAUACAAC